CGUAUUUGCUGCGGAUAUAUUAGACAAAGUUUGGGCAAGGCGCUUCAAAGUUAAAGCGGUCCUUGUAACAACUGUGCAUAUUUACAAGUCGCAUCAUUGCUGAACAAUAUGGCUUUCUUGCUUCCAUCUGUGUCCGUAUUCUUUGUCUUAAUGAUGAUGACAAAUCAAUAUGCCAUUUCUGUUAAUGCAGAGGCUACAAAUGAAGAACAUCACUCUGUUGUGAAACGAGCAAUUGUGUACGGCCGAGUGGCAUUUUCUGCCUACCUUUCAAGUCGCACGAUGUAUCUUGAUAAUGAAAAGAUCGUAUUUGAUUCCGAGGUAAUUAACGACGGAGAAGCCUAUGACAAAAGUUCCGGUAUUUUUACAGUACCGGCAACCGGCACCUAUCUUUUUGCUUUCCAGUUCGAGGACUGGUCCAACACUGACCAGCAAACGGCAUACCUGAUGGUGAAUGGAAAUAUAAUUUCAAGCGCCAUUAUAAAAACCUUAGGAAGAAGUACACAGGCGGGUAACACAGUCAUUGUCCAUCUUCACAAAAAUGAUAAUGUCUACGUGCAAGUCAACCUCGGACAAGUUUAUGGCUCUCCUACUGAACGUUACACCACUUUCUCGGGGUAUCUUUUGUAUUAAAAACAAUACAUAUUUUGUCAUAAGAUAUCUUUGGUAACUCUGUUAUAUGCACAAUAUCUAAGUUGAAAAACAAUAAUCUGAUUUGACAACUUGUCCAUAUGGUUUUUAGUGUUGCAUUUUUCUUUAAUUCUUGAUUCAAAUUAAGUGUCAAGCUAGCAGAGAUUUCGUUUUAUUACAAAUAAUUUGAAAUGCAUUAAUAUAGUGUUCAUAUACUUGCACUAAAUUUAAAUGUCUUGAUUCUAAUUGUUAUCAAAACGCAAGGUAAAAAUGUAAAAGCUAAAAGUUAAAUAAGUGUUGCUGUUCUAUCCGAUCAUUUAAAUUAUCAAAUGAAAUAUAAUGUACAAAAAUAUACUUAAAGAACACAUUAAUGACAAUAAAAUGACAUUGUAGUUAUAGUCAGAAAUCGGUCAGUAAUCAAUUACUUUAAUUCAACAAUCCGGACAACAAACGUAUGCCUAUACAUACUUCAAAUAUAAAAUUUUCUAACCACGCACGUAGUUAUAAUUUAUCGCCAAAAACAAAUAACAAAAAUGCAAAUGAUGCAGGCACUGUCUGUUUCAGCCCAGUAUUAAUAAGUUUCCAUCCACGACCUCUAAUACCAGCUUAAGCAGAAUAUAUAAACAUUGAUUAACCCUUUCUUUAUCCUGAAUUUAUUUCUAUCUCUUUCAGAACACGUUCGUUAGUUCAAUAUUGCAAGGUACAUCAUCAAAAUUAUUACAAGUCUCUAUAUGUGCCUGCCAUCAGCUCAGGAAUGUUGGAUAAAUCCCUUGAUUUUGUUGUUUCCUGUUUUCUGUUGUUUUUUGUUGUUGGUGGUGGUGUGAUGAUGUUGUUAACACCACUUAAAGAUUUACUUGACUUUGUUGUUGUUAUCUAUAUACCCAGUCUGUAAAACCACGAACCUGCUCAAUUAAUAACAAGAAAGACUGUUCCACCAGGUGUUGAGCUUUUUCAUACAUUACGGUUAGAAAAAUUAUAAGUUUUUAAGAGGGUUAGGAUUAUUAAUAAUCAUGCAGUUAUGAAUGUUUCUUUUGUUUGAGUAUCGUCGGGAACCCUUAAUUCGUUCAAAACCUUUACAAAGUCUCAACAGAUGUUUAUUAACAAAUUGGUUAUUUUUAAACAACAAAGUAAAAUUAAUAUAUCUGCCAAGUUUCGUCAACGUAAAAUGCUUGAAUCAUUAGUUGAAGUGUGAGAAUGCCAAGGGUAAUAAAACGUAGCUUCCUGUCUGUGGAAAUUGUUAUGCUGCAUCUGUUAGUAUGCUCAAUCUGUGUAGCAAAAUAUUCUGUGAUUUUUUUUUCAUAUCAAAUACAGAGACACCAUAAGCAAACAGCAAUGUAGGAAGCAAACAUGAGAAUUAUGUAUAGAAAAAUAUUACAGAAGUAGUCUGUGUGUGAAACACUUUGAAAGACAAACAUGGAACUGUUGUGCAUGUUUUACAGUUAUAUUUUACAGUUUAAUAUUUGGCCGCAUCGUUAAAUCACAUAUAAUACCAAUUAUAAGAAUAAUCGCUUAAGUUAGGCACGAGAACCUAUGUCAUGUGUCUUGAAUGUGUGUAUUUAAAAGUAUUGCUAGAUACGAAAGCUAUAUUCAUAUAAACAAAAAGCGUGACUGUCUUAAGUCUUAAAUAUAAUACAUAGAAAUGUGUUGUAAAAUAAUUUCCUGUGAAUAAAUGUUCUUAUCUUUUCAAAAAGAGUUUGUGUAACAAUACUAAUUAUGGCAAACAAGAUCAACAAGGAAUGGUGGCAUUCCAUAAACGCCUCACCAUCCGCACCCCCCAAAAAUGAGAAUACAUACGACGCUUCUAUCUUAUCUAAGCUUACCCCACAUUGCCGUGUCUGCCCGAUUAGAUAAAAAGAAGUACAUCAAAUAAGUAAAACAGGGAUCACUGGUUCCAUUCUCGGGCGAGACAAAAUUUCUCAGUAACAUUGUUCAUGUUUUAUUGUCAUUUGCCUCUCACUGCUGAUUCAUGUUGGAUUCGGGCACUUUC